UAUCACUUCCCUUCCAUUCCUUCAAACCCAACACCUUUUCUACUCCAACUGCCUCUCCAUCUUCAACUCCACAUAACCUUCAACCUCACUCACCAAAAUGUCCACCAGAAGAUCAAGGCACUCAGGCGCUUCAAGAAUCAGCGAUGACCAAAUCAUCGACCUCCUCUCCAAGCUCCGUCAACUCGUCCCCGAGAUUCGCCACCGCCGCCCCGACAAGGUAUCAGCUUCAAAAGUCCUCCAUGAAACCUGCAAUUACAUUAGAAACUUGCAUAGGGAGGUGGAUGACCUAAGUGAAAGACUCUCUCAGCUCUUAUCUACAAUAGAUUCUGAUAGCGCCGAGGCAGCCAUCAUCAGGAGCUUAAUUAUGCAAUAGAACAAGAACAAGAACAAGAACAACCGUGUCGGGUUUGGUAUUGAUAUAUAUAUAUAUAUAUCUAUAUUAUUCUUAUUUAUAUCGGAUUUGAUGUUACUAUGUUAUUUAUAUGGGUCUUUUUAUAUUCCCUUUUCUAGGUUUUUGGUCGCUUAGAUCAAAAAAUGGGUGUAUUUUCCAUGAAAAGAGAGACGUCCCUUUAUUAUUAUUAUUAUUAUUAUAUAUAUAGGGAUGUAACC